AUGCCCCUCCGUCACGUUUUCCAUCCCCUCCCCAUCCACGGCGCCAACUUCGUUGCUUUCCCGUGCGUGGAUGACGCCGCCGCCGCUCCACUCGACGCCAUGGACAUCUGGUAUCAUAUACAUUCCUUAUUGCCACUGCGAGAUGCUGCUCGUGCUGCAUGCGUGUCUAGCACAUUUCUAUGUUCUUGGAGAUGUCGUCCCAACCUCAUCUUCUGUAAGAAAGCACUGGGAAUGAAUGGCAAUUGGAGGGAAAAUGUUAGGGAACUCAUCAACAAAGUUGAUCACAUUAUGAAAAACCACUCAGGCAUUGGCUUGAGGACAUUCGGGCUUCAAUCUUAUAAUUUGACUAGCAAAUGUGCCCGUGCGUUGCAACGGGAAGUGUACGGAAUCAACACCUGUUAUCUUGACCGUUGGCUCAAUAUUGCUAUUACACCAGCAAUUGAGGAACUCAGUCUUACGCAGUUUCCAGUGUACAAUGCAAAGUACUACAAUUUCCCUUCCUCAAUUUUAUUCAAUAGGGGUGGAAACUCGAUUAAGCAUAUUCAUCUUAGCUACUGUGCCUUCCGUCCUACUGGUGGACUUAAAUUCUUGCGAAGACUACAUCUGCGUGAAGUGCAUAUUACUGGGGACGAAUUAGAGUGCCUUCUUUCCAAUUCUUUUGCUUUAGAGCAGUUGACACUCAAACAUUGCAAAGAGCUCAACUACCUCAGGAUACCUUGCAAGCUACAACAGCUUAAGGACCUAGAAGUGUAUGAAUGCAAAGCAUUGCAAAUGAUGGAAGUUAAAGCUCCAAAUCUUUCAACCUUCUAUUAUGAUGGUAAUCUAGCACGACUAUCAGAUGGAGGUUUACUGGCAGUGAAGAAACUACACAUAUCAUCCUUUUAUCGGUAUAAUAAUGUUCAUUAUGCCAGUGCCAAUCUUUCAUCCAUUGUGCCAACUAUUGAAACUCUCAUAAUAUCUUCAUUUGGUGAGGAGGUCAAUACAGUAGUUGCACCUUUCAAAUUCCUCCACCUCAAGAGCUUGAUGAUUAAUCUUAUCGGAUUCAAUGGGGCCUUUUCCCCAGCUUAUGAUUAUCUUUCUCUAGCUUAUUUUAUUGACGUGUCUCCUGUCUUGGAGACUUUCACUUUGAUUGUAUCACAGAUUCGCAUGGAGCAUGAUGUGAUUUCUGAAGAUUCCUCACAUCUGAGGCAGAUGCCAAGAUCCAUCCAUGGCAACAUAAAGAAUGUGAAUAUCAUUGGCUUUUGCUCUGCAAAGAGCAUGAUCGAGUUAACUUGUCAUAUUCUUGAGAAUGCAACAUCACUUGAAUGUCUUACCCUAGACACAAUACAUGAUGAUUAUGUUCACCCUGAUAGAUUAUCUGUUCACGAAGUUGGUUUCUGUGGUUGUAUAGGUAGCCCUAUGAUCAUGGAAGCCGAAAACGCGCUCUUGGCUAUCAAAAGAUACAUUGUGGGGAAAGUCCCCUCCACAGUUAAGUUAGUUGUUCUGAAGCCCUGCGGCUGGUGCCAUGCUACUAAAGGUUUGGGAGUAAAAGAUCAUCGUGUUGCUUAAGCUCGAUGUGGCUUGUUUUACAUCUACCCGUUGUUUUUUUGUCUUGGAAUACUAUAGGGGUCAUGCUUUAUUUCUCAAGUUGUCACAAGCGCUACUAUUCUGAUUUUUUUUUUAAAACAAGAGGCAUGGCCUCCCAUUUCCAUUAAUAGAAAUGA